AGCCUGAUUUCUGUCAGUGCUUUAUUACGAUGAAGAGUGAAGCUGGGAAGAGGCGUGCCACCUUGACUCUGCACCGUGAGGCCUCUGGCUUCUCCUGGCUUCCUCCAGUUCACAGCCAUAGGUUGUUGAGCACAGACUGCAGACACCAUGUCUGACUCCGUAAUUCUUCGCAGUGUGAAGAAAUUUGGAGAGGAGAAUCAUGCUUUUGAGUCGGAUGGAUCAUAUAACAAUGAUAAGAAAUCAAGGCUACAAGAUAACAAGAAAGGUGAAGAGAGUCAAGUUGGCUUCUUCAAGCUGUUUCGAUUUUCUUCAUCGACCGACAUCUGGCUGAUGUUCGUAGGAAGUGUGUGCGCAGUGCUCCACGGAGUGACCUAUCCCGGCAUACUUCUUGUUUUUGGUAUAAUGACAGAUAUUUUUAUUGAGUAUGACAUCGAAAGACAAGAACUUGAGAUUCCAGGGAAAGUGUGCAUGAAUAACACCAUUGUAUGGAUCAACAGCUCCUUCAGCCAGAACAUGACAAAUGGAACACCCUGUGGGUUGAUGAACCUUGAAGAUGAAGUGAUCAAAUACUCUGGCAUCUACGCAGGAAUCGGCAUGACUGUACUCAUCUUAGGAUACAUACAAAUAAAGUUUUGGGUAAUGGCCGGGGCUCAUCAGAUUAAGAAAAUGAGGAAAACUUACUUUCGGAGAAUAAUGAGAAUGGAAAUCGGAUGGUUUGACUGCACUUCUGUGGGAGAGCUGAAUGCAAGAUUCUCUGAUGAUGUUAAUAAAAUCAACGACGCCAUUGCCGACCAGUUGGCCCUUUUCAUCCAGCGCAUGUCGACAGCUAUCUGUGGGUUCCUUUUAGGGUUCUACAGGGGUUGGAAACUGACCUUGGUUAUUCUCACUGUCAGCCCUCUCAUUGGGAUCGGGGCAGCCAUCCUAAGUCUGAGUGUGUCCAAGUUCACAGAGAUUGAGUUGAAGGCUUAUGCCAAAGCAGGGUCUGUUGCUGAUGAAGUCCUUUCAUCUAUUCGAACAGUGGCUGCUUUUGGUGGUGAGAAUAAAGAGGUGGAAAGGUAUGAGAAAAAUCUUGUAUCUGCCCAGUACUGGGGAAUCAGAAAAGGAAUGGUGAUGGGAUUCUUUACCGGGUACACAUGGUGCCUCAUUUUUUUUUGUUAUGCGCUGGCCUUCUGGUAUGGGUCCACACUUGUCCUGGAUGAAAAAGAGUAUACCCCGGGGACACUGGUCCAGAUUUUCCUCUGUAUCAUAAUAGCUGCUUUAAAUCUUGGCCACGCAACUUCUUCCUUGGAAUUCUUUGCUACUGGGCGUUCAGCAGCUACCAGUAUUUUUCAAACAAUAGACAGGCAACCCACCAUUGACUGCAUGUCAGAAGACGGUUACAAGCUAGACCGAAUCAAGGGCGAAAUUGAAUUCCAUAAUGUGACCUUCCACUAUCCUUCUAGGCCAGAAGUGAAGGUUUUAAACAACCUCAGCAUGGUCAUUAAACCAGGGGAAAUAACGGCUCUGGUGGGAUCCAGUGGGUCCGGGAAGAGCACAGCGUUACAGCUCAUCCAGAGAUUCUAUGACCCCUGUGAAGGCAUGGUGACUCUGGAUGGCCAUGACAUUCGCUCUCUUAACAUUCGGUGGCUGAGAGAUCAAAUUGGGAUAGUGGAGCAGGAGCCCGUUCUCUUCUCCACAACCAUCGCAGAAAAUAUUCGCUACGGCAGAGAAGAUGCAACAAUGGAAGACAUAGUCCAAGCUGCCAAAAAGGCCAAUGCCUACAACUUCAUUAUGGCCCUGCCACAGCAAUUUGACACCCUUGUUGGAGAAGGAGGAAGCCAGAUGAGUGGUGGUCAGAAGCAAAGGGUAGCCAUUGCUCGAGCCCUCGUCCGGAAUUCCAAGAUCCUGCUUUUGGACAUGGCUACCUCGGCACUAGACAAUGAGAGCGAAGCCAGGGUACAAGAAGCUCUGAAUAAGAUUCAGCACGAGCACAUAAUCAUCUCAGUUGCCCAUCGCCUAUCAACAGUCAGAGCUGCAGAUGUGAUCAUCGGGUUUGAACAUGGAGCAGCUGUGGAAAAAGGCACGCAUGAAGAGUUGUUAGAAAGAAAAGGUGUCUACUUCAUGCUUAUGACCCUGCAAAGCCAAGGAGAUGAAGCCCACAAAGAAAGGGGCGUAAAGGGCAAGUACCUUUUCCCUUUGGCCUGUAUAUUAUACUAAAUAAUUAAUACAUAU